AUGUCGUCUUCCGGCUUCCAGCGCAGAACCCUCUGCCUCCCUAAAUGGACUGGUGUGGGGCACCACACUGAGUUCCACAACUUUGACUGGACCCUUUUGCUCUCCAGUGCACAGGUUAGAAGUGAAAACUUUUUAAGAAGUUUGUCACUGAGGAAUAUGGUUGUGUCCACUAGAACACAGUUGCUAGAUAAAGUUGUAGGUCCAGAGAAGGAAACUAGCAAAGGCCCCAGGAAGACUCCAGAAACUACAGUGAAGAGGCUGGGUGCUGCCACAAGGCUCAUAGCUGAGUCAAAAUCAGUUUCGUUUUCAAAGGACACUACUCAAACUGAUUUCCAGAAAAACGGUCAAGUGGAAAGAACUGAAGGCUCAACCAGUCCUUACCACCAAAACCAAGAAAGUCAGAUGCUGAUUCAAGGUUCAGAGUUCUUCAAGCUGACUGAGGUGCUGGCGAAUAUGUGCAUCUCUGCUCCGGAAACAUGGGAGCUACAUGAGAGCAGUAUUACAUAUGUUAUCGUCAGUCUGCCCUCUCCAAGCAGAUGUUCAUCCAUGGAUGUGCUAAAAGGAGGAGGAGGAGGAGGAAAGAAGACUAAGAAGACUAAGAAGAGGAAAAGGAGGAAGAGGAAGAAGAGGAAUAAAACAAAUGCAUUUGCACAAGAGUCAUGUUUCUCAGUGGGAAGUGGAUGAUCUUACUUACUUCCUAUCUCAACAAUGAUGUGAGAUUGUUACUUACCUUCCCGAGAGAGGCUCUUGUUAAAGAGAGGAGCAGAACUAGGGAGAAGCUUGUUUCUGGAAAGUGAGGUGGAAUCUGGAGAAGAUUCGGGGACAGAUUUCAAAAUCCUGUGUGAAUACAUUUGACAAGGUUUUAAAAGCAGUGAUUGAACCAGCAAGACUCUGAGAUUACAGGAAUCUAAAUACAGCUAAUUGUAAGGUCAGCUUUCUGUGUUUGACUGUGGUGGUGGUGU